AUGAAGCCGGCGGCUCCGGCCCGGCGGCACACACAGCACACCUGCUGCAUCAUGAGGCUGCACGGCUACCUGCGCGUCCUCACCGCGGUGACGGCGGCGCUGUGCGCGGCCGCCAAGCCGCUGGACAAGGCGGGCACGAGCGGCCCCAACCGGCUGCUGCUCAUCUCCUUCGACGGCUUCCGGUGGGACUACGACCAGGACGUGGACACCCCGAACCUGGACCAGCUGGUCCGGGACGGGGUGAAGGCCAGGUACAUCACUCCCCCCGCGAUCACCAUGACCUCCCCGUCCCACUUCACCACCAUCACCGGCCGGUGGAUCGAGGACCACGGCGUCGUCCACAACCUCAUGUUCAACCAAACCACCAACCUUAAAGUUCCCAUAAAGAAAACGAUGAAGACGUCGGAGUGGUGGGACAACGGAGCUCUGCCGCUGUGGAUCACCGCACAGAACCAGGGUCUGAAAACAGCCUCGUUCUUCUUUCCGGGCGGGGCGGUGAACUACAGCGGCCAGGCGGUGAACAGAGCGCUGGUGGCGGAGCAAGGCCACCCCGACGACAACGAGACCGAGUGGAGGCAGAACAUCGACAAGGUGAUGAGCUGGUUCUCAGAGGAGGACUUCCACCUGGUGACGCUGUACUACGGCGAGCCGGACAACGUGGGCCACGACAAAGGACCGGACCACCCGAAGAGGAAGGAGAUCAUCGCGCAGAUCGACCGCACCAUCGGAUACCUGCGGGAGGCCAUCGAUCACCACAACCUGACCGACAGCCUGAACGUCAUCAUCACCUCGGACCACGGCAUGACCACCGUGAAGAAGCGGCCGCUGGUGGAGGAGAUCAUCCUGAACAAGUACCUGAACCUGCUCAAGCUCACCAGCUUCGAGAUCCUCGACUACGGCGGGUUUGGCAUCCUGACGCCGCGGCCCGGCAUGGAGCAGGAGGUUUUCGAUGCCUUGUCCAAAGCGCCCAACCUCACGGUUUACAAGAAGGACGAGCUCCCCGAGAGCUUCCACCUCGCCAGAAGUGACCGCCUGACUCCCAUCCUGAUCGUUGCGGAUCUGGGAUUCAACCUGAAUUCUAGGUUUAUCGUCUACGUCAACAAAGGCGAUCACGGCUUCAGCAACACAGAGAUGGACAUGAAGAUGAUCUUCAGGGCUUUUGGACCUGAUUUCAGGAGGAACUACGUGUCCGAGCCGUUCGACAGCAUCCACAUCUACCCGCUCAUGUGCAAGCUGCUGCAGAUCCAGCCGGCGCCGCACAACGGGUCGCUGGCCGUCACCGAGGCCAUGCUGCUCCACGACGUUCCUGCUACUACAGCUGCUACUACACCUGACAGCACGAGUACUGCGAGCACCAGCAGCGUGACGGCGGCCGGCGAGGCGGUGCGUCUGUCCGCCGGGCUGUCCGUCAGUCUGCUGCUCUGCCUGCUCGCUCUGCUGUAGCUGCUGCUCCUGGAUCAGCCUGUCAAACCUGCAUCGCCUUCACCUUUCAGCAUUUAAACUCGCAGGUGUGGCUCACCUGAUCCAAAGGCAUUGUGGGUAAUAAAGAAGAAAAUCUUAUUUACAAACAAGUUAUUGAUUUGUUAAAUGCUAUGAGACAAAUGCCUUUGUGUCCCUGGUCCUGACUGCAUGCAGAGCUCUGACAUAAACCAGGGAGCCGUUUGUUCGUUGUGUCGCUUUAUUUUGUAGAA